ACAGUUUUUCUAUGUGUAGCAGAGAAAGUGCCUGACUAGGGAAGACUCUUGGUCAGGCACAAGAAGUAUGACACUGUGGGUCAUUAUGAUGGGAUUUGUUGCUAAUAGAGUAUCUAAAUAUUGCCAAUGGAGUAUAUAAUAUAGUCAGGUCUAAAGGGUUAUAAUACGUGCAUAAGCAGGUUCAGCUAGAAACAUGCAGGUUUGUAGUCCUUGGCCUUGCAGCAUGUACAAUUCCAAAGGAACAAAGCAUCCAUGGAACUACUUUAGGAUUUUAUCUCUGCAUGUGACUGAAUCUUGGCACUUUUACUCACCUGCUCAAAAAUGAGUGUUCCAGUCUUUACUCUUGAUGUACUAUGCAGACCUCCCUGCUGUGGGAGGGGGAAUCUGUCUGGAAGCUGCCUACAACCUUGGGAGACCAGUUGGCCCCAUCUCCAGCAGCAUUUUUACCCUUUUGCAAGCCAAUGUGCACCAAAGUCAAUCUGAAUCAUUAGAGCUCCCCAUCAUGGAACGCAUUAACUAUUCAUACCCAUCCAAUUAUAUGGACCAAAUGAAGCCAAACAAAUACAGCGUCAUUUAUUCUACACCAAGUAUGUUGCACAAUAAAUUCUACUCCAACCCUGAAGGACUGUCAAAUGGAAUCCAGAUGGAGCCGGUAGACCUUACGGUAAAUAAACGGAGCUCACCACCUUCAACUGGAAGUUCUCCGUCCCCACUAAAAUUUCAGACUGUGCAUAGGAGAACUUCACCUGGAUUGACUCUGUCCUCACCCAGCUCACCUCUCAGUAAAUUCACACCAUCACCCCCAGGAGUACAGCCUAUUUCUAUGCCAAUAACAAUCCCACCUGUAAUGGCUGCUGCUCUUUCACGCCACGGACUGAGAAGCCCUGGAAUACUCCCAGUUAUACAGCCUGUUGUGGUCCAGCCAGUUCCUUUUAUGUAUGCUCCCCAUCUCCAGCAGCCCAUCAUGGUGUCCACAGUUCUUGCAGAUGAGAUGGAAACUCCAAGUAGCAUGCAAGUGCCUGUCAUUGAGUCUUAUGAGAAGCCUACACUGAAGAAAACAAUCAAAGUAGAGCCAGGAAGUGAACCAUCGAAGACUGACUUCUAUCCUGAACAAAUGUCACCUCCAAUGAUGACCUCAUUGUCUCCCCAGCAAGUAAUGUUGCAAGAGAAUCACCCUUCAGUUAUAGUUCAGCCAGGAAAGAGACCUUUACCUGUGGAAUCUCCGGACACACAAAGAAAACGUAGAAUACAUCGAUGUGAUUAUGAAGGCUGCAACAAAGUCUACACUAAAAGCUCCCAUCUGAAGGCUCACCGAAGAACCCAUACAGGUGAAAAACCGUACAAAUGCACUUGGGAGGGAUGCACGUGGAAGUUUGCUCGUUCUGAUGAACUAACGCGGCAUUUCCGCAAGCACACGGGAAUCAAACCUUUUCAGUGCCCAGACUGUGACCGUAGCUUUUCCCGUUCGGACCAUCUUGCUCUUCACAGAAAACGCCACAUGCUAGUCUGAAUGUCUUCUGUCCCUGACUCCUGUCACACUUUUUUUGUUUUUUACACAUGCAUUUUAAUUUGGAUUCAGCUGGUCUGGAUCUCUGAGUUUAUACCAUUAAAAGCUUACAUAUGGUCAGUAACAGAUGUUAUCUAACCCUCCUAUGUCCUUGCCACGGGUCAGACCUAGAGAAUGUGAAUACUUCUUUUUUUUCUCCUGGGGAUGCUAAGCAAACCCUUUCUACAUUCAGUGUGUUUAAUGUAUUCCAUUUGUGAAUAAGGGAAUUUGUAAACUAACGGCUUUUGUUGGUUUCUUCAUAUAAUCAACCCAGCAUAUACUGAUAAAGUAGUAAAUGUUAUUGAAUAUCCAAAAUGCUAGUCCUUGACAGACACUUUCAUUUAUGUGCCCAGUAAGGGAUACGCUCUCAUUUUAUGCUCAACAAUGCAAUGAAUGAACUCUCCUGGCUGUGCUGAUUUCUGCAAUGUGGUUAAUGCAGCAGUUUUAGAAAGACAUUUGAUUUAGAAAUCCCCUCUGCCCAAACAGUGAGUAACGCUGAGGAAAUAAAUCUAAACAGUGUAAUUACUUUA